GACACAUGAUAAUUUUCUACGUAUGGCGUAUUUGACCAUUCUUUAAUUACGUGUCAUAAAUGGUCGUUGAUCUUUCAGAACUUGAUACACACAGCAAUUGGAGGAGCAGGAUGGAGUUGCUCAUGAGUUUUCUUGUGAUCAUGGUAUUAUUGGGUGGUAGCAUCAAGGCCUAUGGUGAAAUUUCUCAACUUUCUUGGAGAGAAAUAAGCAAUAUUAAUAGCCAUGGUCCAUAUAUUGGGAUAGUGGUGCCAAAUGCAUUUGAGAUAAACCCUCUUCUUCAAUCACCUAGCUUUGUGAUCAAUAAAAAGUUUCCUUAUGUUGAUUUUGCUGGAAGACGUUUUCGCAUUGGUGAAUUGGAAAAGAAAAAGGUUAUAGUUGUUAUGACCGGAUUGAGCAUGACAAAUGCAGCUCUUUCCACCCAAUUGUUGCUUUCUUUGUUCCAUGUGGAAGGAGUUGCCCACUAUGGAGUUGCAGGAAACGCAAAUCCUAAACUCCAGGUUGGAGAUGUGACUAUACCCCAGUAUUGGGCUCACACAGGACUUUGGGUUUGGCAGAGGCUUGGAGAUGGCCCUGAAGAUGAAUUGCCGUUAGAAGCCAACGGAGAUUACAACAGAAAAAUUGGUUAUCUGAAAUUUUCCGACUACAAUAACCACACAAAACAUGUGGAGAAUCUUCUGAACAAUGUCUGGUAUGAAGCAGAGGAAAUUUUCCCAGUGUAUGGAACUCCUGAAGUUAGACAGCAUGCUUUCUGGGUUCCAGUUGACAAGACUUACUUUAAAAUUGCAAAAAAGCUCAAGAAUGUUGAAUUGGGUGGUUGUGUGAACACAACCUGCUUGCCAAGAAAGCCUAUUGUUGUGAGAGUACAUAGAGGGGUGAGUGCCAAUGUGUUCGUUGACAACAGAGCUUAUAGAGAGUUUUUGAACUCCAAAUUUGAUGUCACCCCAAUUGACAUGGAAAGUGCUGCUGUCGCUUUAGUCUGUCUCCAACAGAAAACACCCUUCAUUGCGUUUAGAUCACUGUCUGAUUUGGCUGGUGGGGGUUCUGCAUUGUCCAAUGAAGCAGAUGUGUUUUCCUCAUUAGCAUCACAAAACGCAGUCGAUGUUCUUAUCAAAUUCAUCUCCCUAUUAUAAGGUCUUAGCUUUGUCUUGCUCAAAGUUAAGCAAGUGAAACUGCAGUGAGAGGGACCAGAGAGGGGAAAUAAUGAGCUACAAAUCCAUAGCUCCUAUGGUUAUGUACUCAUGAUACUUAUGAAUAAAAGCACAACAAAAGUUGUUACGAA